AUGGCAUGUCCAGUCCCUCGCGAAGAAAAAGAAUUCCGCACCCAGACCCAGACCAUCAUCGAGGAAAAGAUCGAUCACUCGAGCCUGCUCCCAAUUCCCUCCCCUCCGCACCAGCAUUACUUUGGUCUGCUGGGACACGCCCCAGACCUGGAUCCCGUUCUCCCAGUAAAGACCUACUGGCAACUUAUGGACCAGUAUGCACCCAUCUUCCAGCUCGAUCUCAACAUGCCCUAUCCACGCGUCUUUGUGGGGAGCCGCGAGCUCGUCAACGAGAUGGCGGACGACACCCGCUUCACCAAGUUCACUCAUCGACUACACCGGGAGAUGCGAGCUGUUUUCGGCGAUGGGUUAUUCUCCGCCGAGUCGACGGACAAGGCAUGGUGGAAGGCUCAUCGGCUUCUUGUUCCAGCAUUUGGCCCAGUCGGACUGAGCAAGAUGUUUGAUGAUAUGCAGGAUAUCAGUGCCCAAUUGAUCCUCAAAUGGGACCGAUUCGGCCCUGAACAAGAAAUCGAAAUGAUCGAGGACAUGUCGCGGCUCACCUUCGAUACAAUCGGGCUCUGCGCCUUUGGCUACCGCUUCAACGAGUUUUAUUCGGACGGCCCACACCCGUUCAUGAGACAGCUGAAAGAAUCGAUUGUGGAGUCGGGGAAGCGCGCCAAUCGGCCGGACCUGAUCAACCUGCUUUACUUCCGUCGAGACGAGGAGCAUCGACAGGAGAAUAUCGUGAAGAUGAGGGCGCUCUGCCGACAGAUCAUCCAGGAGCGACUUGAAAACCCCAAACCCGAAGCGAACGACCUGCUGAACGUGAUGCUCAAUGGCGUUGAUCGGGAGACUGGCGAGAAACUGGGGGUUGAGAAUGUCAUUUUCCAGAUCCCUACCCUUCUCGGUGGUGGCUACGAGACCACCAGCUCCACCCUCUGCUUCAUCUACUACUUCCUCUGCAACAAUCCCGACACGAUGCGCAAAGCCCGAGAGGAAGUGGACCGGAUCGUUGGCGACAACGUCCUCAACUAUGGCAUGCUGCGGAAGCUGAGGUAUCUUGACGCAGUCAUGAAGGAGGCGCUACGCUUGCAGCACCCUGUCAGUUUGCUGACCAGGUUCGCCGUCCGGGACACCGUCAUUGGAAACAAGUAUCUCAUUAAAAAGGGGCAGACGGUGUCCGGAAUCUGGCGCCAUUUCCACCGCGACCCCGACGUAUGGGGCGCGGAUGCCGAUGAGUUUCGACCUGAACGCAUGUUGGAUGUGAAUUUCUCCAAACUACCCACCAACGCCUGGAAGCCGUUUGGCGACGGCUUGCGGGCGUGCAUCGGUCGUGGCUUUGCGGAACAAGAGAUCCUCAUCAACCUAGCAAUGGUGUUGCAAAAGUUCGACAUUGAAAAGGCCAACCCAGCGUACCAGCUACAGCUCACAGGGCAAAUGGGUGUCAAGCCUGUGGAUUUCAAAAUCCGGGUCCGGCGUCGCUCAGACCGGACCCUGAUGACUGGCAUCCCUGGAGGAGUGGCAGCAGCGCAGGAGUCUGCAAAGGCGCCGCCUCGGCACCAGGGCCAGCCGCCACAGGACACCACGCCGAGACCAACCGGUGCGAAAAAAGCCGUGUCCGUCUUCUUCGGAGGCAAUCAAGGAACUUCGGAGAGCCUGGUCGACGCGCUUUCUAGGAUGACUCCUGAAUUUGGCCUCGAGCUCGAUGUACGGGAACUCGAUGCUGCGACGGAGAAUCUGCCGACGGACAAGCCCUGCGUUAUUAUCACGCCGUCAUACGAAGGUAGACCGCCGGAUAACGGAAAGAAGUUUGUCGCCUGGGUCGAAAGUCUGGCCUCCUCCAAGUGGGGGGGAAAGCUGCCAGCCGGAACGAAGUUUGCCGUGUUUGGCGUGGGAAACAGUGACUGGGUACAUACUUUCCACCGGAUACCCAUCUUGAUCGACGAGUGCCUCGAGAAGCUGGGUGCCGAGCGGAUCAUCGAAGCUGGCUUUGCGAAUGUGAAGCGCGACCUCGUCGGACCGUGGGAGGCAUGGAGCGAGAAGCUGUGCAUGAUUCUAUCGGGCAGUACGUCGCAGGAACAUCCCAGUCGGAUCGGCGUCGACGUGCACAUCGAGAACAGUGAGCUGCAGACACUCCCUCAGGCACUCGCCGGCGGCGAGGAAAUGUUCACAGCCGUCGUCACUGCCAAUCUUGAGCUGGCAGACACGACAGUGGGCCCUGCCAAACGACAUACUGAAGUGCGUCUUCCUGCCGGAUGUGGAUACCGAUCAGGCGAUUACUUGGUCAUCAAGGGUCGGAAUUCAGACGAAGCGGUGACCCGAGUUAUGAAGCGAUUCCGUCUCACUGCCGGAGACGUGAUGAGUGUCCCGCCGUCAAGCAAGAAGAAGAAAUUCCUCCCUGUCCAACCGAUGGCAGUGGAGCAUUUCCUUCGGAGCAGGGUCGAGCUCGCGGCGCCUAUCAGCAAGCGGCAGCUCGAGACCCUGGCCUCUUUCGCCAAAGGCGACACCGCAGAACGUAUCCAGCUACAAAGGAUGCUUGACGACACGUCCUACCAGCGCCUGCUGGACAAGAGAUACUCUGUCAUUGAUGUUCUCGAGGAAGUCCCCCAGCUGGAUUUACCAUUUGGAGUAUACAUUGACUUCCUCCUCCCGUUGGCGCCACGGGUAUACUCCAUUUCUUCCUCUCCCAUGCAAGGAGACUCGGUCACGAGCGUCACCUUCGACGUCUUCGAGGCCGAAUCCCUGAGCGGCCACGGCACGUUCCGCGGCGUAGCCAGCUCCUACCUCGCCAGCCGCACGCCAGGAGACUCGAUCGUCUGUUGCAUCCGGCCAACCAAAGUGCCCUUCCACCUGCCUCCAGACCCGAAGACGCCCAUCAUCAUGGUCGCUGCCGGGACCGGCAUUGCGCCCAUGCGAGCCUUCUGCCAAGAGCGAGCGGCCAUUUGCCGUGACGGACGGCAGCAGCUCGGUCCCGCCCUUCUCUUUUUCGGCUGCAGACACCCGGAGAAAGACUACCUGUACCGGUCUGAGUUUGAGGCCUGGGAAAAGGAAGGGAUCGUGGAGAUGAUUCCCUGCUUUUCGAGACCGGAUGACGGGCGCCGCAGACGAUACGUCUCGGAUGCGCUGUGGGAGCACCGGGAACGUGUCUGGCCGAUGUUUGAGGGCGGAGCAUGUGUAUACACGUGUGGAAGCGCGGGCAGGCUGGGGAGGAGUGCUGCAGCGACGUGGAGGCGGAUCUGGAUGGAGAAGACGGGCAGAAGUGAGGCCGAGGCACUGGAGUGGUUGGAUACGAUGAAGAAUGUUCAGUACAUUAGUGAUGUGUACUAA